CGCUUUGUGAACUGCCGCGCAUUUUCGAUGACGUCAUGUAUUUCUGCAGCCAUCUGGGCGCAACGUGAGAAAGGCAAACAGGACCCAUAACUGUCUUGACCAGCGGCAGCUCACAUGGUGGAGGAGGGAAGUGGAUACGUACUCUAACCAGGGGCUAAGCACAAACAACGAUGAAGAAGGAAAUUGCGGCAGUGGUGUUUUUUAUGAAGCGACUGAUCAGGAAGACGGAGAAGUUGGAGAUUGAGAAGGUGGAACAUUUUGUGGAGAGGCUGGCUGUAGCAUUGCAGGAGAAAUAUAGGGGGCACUGGUAUCCUGAGAAACCCAGCAAAGGCCAGGCUUUCAGGUGCAUUCGAGUGAACCGGUUACAGCGGGAGGACCCCCAGCUGUUCCGAGCCUGCCAGGAGAGCGGGGUGCAGUACAGAGACCUGGGCCUGCCGCUGGAACUCACGCUGUGGGUGGACCCUGGGGAGGUGUGCUGCAGGUAUGGGGAGAACAACCCUGCCUUCACAGUGGCAAGUUUUUUGGGAGACAAUGAAGACGACAAAGAAGAUGUCACCAAGAAGGUAACGAGGGCAGUGGAGAAGGUGACGUCAGACUACCACUCCGGUUCAUCGUCCGAUGAGGAGAGCAGCAGAGAAGCCCGCGCAACUCCCCCUUUCCCCCACUUCCAGCCCCGAUACCAGGUCGUGCCCGAACUCCCCUACCAGCCGGCCCACACAUGGCGCCCGUUUCCCAAAAAGAAGACGGGACCCGGGAAAGGCCACGGCCCUCCUCACCCUCAGUACGGCUUCCGUCCCCAGGGCAGGCCCCACCCCAACCCCUGCUUCCGACCGAACGGCUGGUCCCCUGCCCCGCCCCGAGGAGGCCACGGUUACUGGGGCAGCUCCCCCAACCUGGCGCGCUGUUAGACACCACUACAGAGAAGCUGUGACGUAGUAGCUCUUGGGAAACGAAAGGAAAGGAACUAUGACUGAGAUGACGCUGACCAAACUCUGAAAGUAUUUUUGUAGUAAAUAUUUGUUAUUGUAAUGAUUUUAAAAAAGAAAAGAUGUUGACUCUGCACUUUAGAUAAUUUGUUAUAGAAAGUCUGUGUACUGUAUUUGCUAAUAUUCAGAAUUAGAAAUCUUUGGCUAUGAUAGGACAUUUUAGAUAUGGAAAUAUGUAUUGUAUUUAUAUUUAAUGGAAUCACUGUUAUUUGCUGAUUGGCACACUGUCUAUCGGUUUUGUUUAAAUGACCAAAUGUUUUAUAUGUAUUCACGUCAUAGUAUUGUGCUGACUACUUAAAUUAUGAAAUACA